AUGGAGCGGAUGGACCACCUCCAGCUUCGGCAGGACCAACAGACUCUCAUUCUCCGUGAGAUUCAGCAGCACCUCGGUCUUUUGCCACCAGCUCCACCUGUUUCUCCUGUGCCCUCAGAGCCUUUUGCUCCAUUUGAUGAUUUUGAUCCAGCUGAUAAUGCUACACCUGUAGUGAUUUUAAAAGAUUGGAUGAAGCAGCUGACACGUUUGAGAGGGUACACAGACCGGAUGGUGGAGGAUGCAAAUGUUGUGUUAUUUACUUUUGGUUCCUAUCAGCUUGGGGUGCAUGGUCCUAGGAUUGACAUAGACACUUUAUGUAUUGGGCCAUCAUAUGAGAGUUGGGAGGAGGAUUUCUUCUUUAUAUUGCAUAAUAUCUUGGCAGGCAUGGAAGAAGUUACAGAACUACAGCCAAUUCUAGAUGCACAUGUUCUAGUGAUGAAAUUUAAGUUUGAUGGAAUAUCAAUUGAUCUUCCUUAUGCGAGUAUCUCUCUUUUGGUUGUGCCAAAAGACUUGGACAUCUCUGAUUUGUCUGUACUAUACAAUAUGGAUGAGCCCACUGCUCGAAGUCUUAAUGGUUGUAGAGUUGCAGAUCAAAUCCCUAUGCUUGUUCCAAAUGUUGAGCAUUUUUGCACAAUACUGCGAUGUUUAAAAUUUUGGGCUAAAAGGCGUGGUGUUUAUUCCAAUGUUACUGGAUUUCUUGGUGAUGUUGUAACUAUACUGGCAUGGGCAUGUCUAUCGCACGCCCAUAAGGUGGAUAUAAUGCUACCUUUCUAUGACUGCAUCCAGAGGGAGCAGAUCAAUUUUGGUCCUUCUACUCAGACAGUCAUCGCGUAUGAUAACACUAAGAGGGAGGUUAUGGGUUUUGAGGAUUUCUACAUCCUUUAA